UCCAGAUAAGAGCAGUGAAACUGACCAAUGCUUUAUUAAUUUCAUUUUGUUACAGCUUGACAAAGCAAUGAACUGCAACUUGCUUUGGCUCCACAGAGCUGUCCCUGCAUCUCAACAAAUGAACGGACUAAUCUCAAGCUUCCAUUUCUUGGGGAAAGUCAUUGAAAUAGUGGUGGCUGGGCAACACCAGAAAGCACAGUAAAUUUUUGUUUUUUUAACCUUGCAGUCUGGUUUCAAACCAGGAUAAAAGGCCUGGGUGCAAACCACCCAAGCCACAGUUUAUACCAGUGGUUUUCAAACUUUUGUACUGGUGACCCCUUUCACAUAGCAAGCCUCUGAGUGGACCUCCUUAUAAAUUAAAAACACCUUUUAAUAUAUUUAACACCAUUAUAAAUGCUGGAGGCAAAUCGGGGGUUUGUGGGGGGGGGCUGACAUCUCACAACCUCCCAUGUAAUAACCUCACAACCCCCUGAGGGGUCUCAACCCCCAGUUUGAGAACCCCUGGUUUAUACAGAUAAUAACAUAACAUAAGAACAGGCAUACUGGGUCAGACUGAUGGUCCAUCCAGCCCAAUAUCCUGCCUUCUGACAGUGACCAACACGAGGUGCUUCAGGGGGAAUGAACAGAACAGGACACUUUUUCAAGUGACCCACCCCAUCAUCCAGUCCCAGCUUCUAGCAGUCAGCUGUUUAGGGACACCCAGAGCAUGGACACCCUGACCAUUCUGGCUAAUAGCUAUUGUUGAGCUUAGCCUCCAUGAAUUUACCUAAUUCUUUUUUAAAUCCAGGUAUACUUUUUGCCUUCACAACUUCCCCUGGCAAUGAGUUCUACAGGUUGACUAUGUGAAGAACUUCCUUAAGUUUGCUUUAAACCUGCUGCCUAUUAAUUUGAUUGGAUGACCCCUGGUUUAUAUGUUAUGUAAAGGGGUAAACAACACUUACUAAUUCACUUUCUCCACACCAGUCAUGGAUUUUAUAGACCUCUAUCGUAUCCACACUUAGUUGUCUCUUUUCCAAGCUGAGCAGUCCCAGUCUUUUUAAUCUCUCCUUGCUUGGGAAGCUGUUCCAUACCCCUAAUCAUUUUUAUUGCCCCUUUCUGUACUUUUUCCAAUUCUAAUGUAUCUUUUUGGAAAUGGGGCAGCCGGAACUGCAUGCAGUAUUCUAGGUAUGGAUUUAUAUCAUAGCAUUGUGGUAUUUUCUGUCUUAUUACCUAUCCUUUUUGUAAUAUUUCCUAUUCUGUAUGGAUGCAGUAUGUAUGGUUUGCACCAGUGCAGCUAUGUCAGUGUAACUAUGCCCAGUAAAGCCACCAAUGGAGCAAUUGAUGAAAUAAAAAGUUAGCCCAGGGCAUGUGCAUGUCACUGAAAAAACAGGGACUGAAGAUGGAAAGUGACCUCUGACACCAAGAUUUUGGCUCUUUUCUAGUGCAUUUGUGGUAAUAUUUUCUACAGAUGAGCUGAAACAAAGAGCUAAAUCCUCAGCUGGUGGAAAUCAGCAUUAACUCCAACUGAUUUUAGUGGCACCAUACUGAUUUAAACUAGUCAAGGAUCCAGUCCACAAGCUCUGGAGUUUCGACAGGCUGUUAAAUCUGAAAUUCAGUUAUGACAAUUUCUGUUUACUUCAACAUUGAAUAGAGCUUUCAGGAAGCAAAGCAAAACUGACCACUUCAGCCACUAUCACUGACAAAUACUCCCGUCCUGCUGGUUCCAUGGAAACACCAGGUACAAUUAAUAAACAAUCAAGAUACAGUCAGUGAUGGCAGUGUUAGAGAGGAAACAUCUGGAUCCAAACAUGGCUGGUGAGGAAAUAUGUGGGUCUUGUCAAUUCCAGGGUGGUUUGAUCUAGGAAUAGUUAGUGAGGAAACACCAUUUACUAACAUCUAUUUUAAAUGAAAACUGCAAAAUGGGCAGAUGCUUAAGAACUGCUUUUACAGAGGAAGCACUCUCUAUAGCAUACAAAAUUCAGUGGCAGAAAAAUAAAAUGGUAAUUUAAAGGCUGUUUUUUCAGUGAAGGCAGUGAAGUGCACAUGUCCUGGGAUAUCUUUUUAUUUCAUCCGUUGCUACAUUGGUGGCUUUAUUGAAUUUCUGCAUCAUGCCCUCACUGCUAUCCAGAUGAGACAGAUUGACUAAGAAUCUGUCCCACAUCAGAAGUCUGGACAUAAACUGUCAAAAAGAAUUUAUUUCUCUCUUUAAAACCAUGAAAAUGAUUGCAUGAGGGUUACAAUCAUAUUCCCUGUGGAUGUUUCUCCACAAUUUUAUCAUUAGAAAUAAAAUAUUGGUGGCUUAAUAUUAAACUGGAUAAGAUAAACCUUAAUCAUGGGAACAACAUUAUAAAAACUUUGGUUUAAAACAUUUUGACAGGAAACAAACAACCAAACCUGAAAUGAAACAUUUUUUAAUGGGAGAAUGCAGAGAGGAACAAUCACAUAUUCCAAAAUGCAGUCUCAUUUUAAAAAACACAGCACUCUUUAGAAAUUGCAACUAUAGGCCAUAAAUGCAACAAUACAUUCAGCUUAUCAGUUUGGAAACUGGUAUUUUGUCUUGUGAAACUUAGCAAAAUAUUUCAAUUAAAUAAAUUCAAGAAUCAAAUAACAUUUUAUCCACAUGUGAUUUUUAAAGGUAAUUUCAAUUGAUACUAACCAACGAAGCUCAAAGAAUCCAGUACUAGUGAAGAAAACACAAGACAAAGAGAAAAGGCAAUGUGGGCAGAGCUGGCCUUUUGCAUUUCUGGAAGAGUCAGCAAGAGGACUCCUUCAUCUCAUUCCCACCCCCAAAAAAAAUUGAAAAAUUUCAGCACAACUGAACACAACACAAAUUUCUUGGGGAAAUUUUUUAUUUUUGUCUGAAACUGCAUUUAUCAUCUGAAAACUACUCUUGAAGAAAAUUCUUGACCAAUUCUACCUAUUAUUUUGUAUCCUUUUUCUACCAUUGCAAAUAGGUAACAAGCAUGCUCGGAAUAACACAAGUACAUCUAAGUGACUUCUACCAUGGCCUCAGCAAAUUGAUGAUGAAAAUAAGGAAACUGUGGGAUUACUUCUUUCAGCUUCCCUGGACAAUGGAAGGAGAGCCAAUCACUUCUACUUUGUUGCCUCCUGGGAAUGUUCCACAAGACGCUAGCUUGACCCUGGAGCAGAAAACCACAUUUGUCUUUGUGAUCUUAUUAUUUAUUUUCUUAGGCAUUCUCAUUGUCCGAUGCUUCCGAAUUCUCUUAGACCCCUACAGGAGUAUGCCCACCUCCACCUGGGCUGAUGGACUUGAUGGGAUAGAGAAAGGCCAGUUUGAUUAUGCCCUGGCUUAGACUGACGACUCAGAAAUAUUAUUUAGAGGAGUUUGUUUUUUAAAAAAAAAACUGGAAUGUAGAUUUAUUUUCCCCCAAUUUUCUCAGACAUUAUAAAAGCCUUGCAUGACUGCACAAAAUAUUAAUUUGUUUUUAAAUAAACAUCAAAGUGAGUUAAACAUUUGAAGGUAGACUGGUGAUUCUCCUAAUGGAGGGGGAAAAAUAAAGCUAUAACUGUGGUUCAAAACAUAUUGGAACAAUAUAUAACAUAGAUGGUAUCUUAUGACUCCGAAUAAGUUUGAUUUGUAGUUGCUGAAGAAAGCCUUAUUGUUUGAAAGUAGCUUUUUUACAAGUAUCAGUAGAUUUACAGGUUGGGUAGGAAUGUUUUUUUAUGAGUUGUAUGUGGCAAUUAAAUAAACUUUUAACGCCCCACUGGCUUUUAAAAUAAAUGUACGGGGGGAGGGGAGGGGAGACUCAUACCAGAUUUCCUCAUGUCACAGUCACAGCUCUUCCAAGCUGCUCUGGUUUAUUCCUCCGCCCUUCAGUACAGCUAUACAUAACACAUAGAAUGUAGCUGGAGUUCAUGCAGAUAAUUCCCAAUUGCUAUUGCCAGCUCCAGAGGGCAGAGAGGGUCCUUUAUUGUGAAGCCUGGUACCUCCAACCAAGGUGACCCCUCAAUUUGCAUGAGACACAAGGGCUGCUGUCCCUUAGGAAAAUGAAUAAUGCUACCACAACUGGCGCAGAGUAUAGACCCGGUUACCCGCUACACAAGAAACAAUGAAGUACAUCAACCCAAACCACAGCAAAGGAAUGACACUAUCCCAAAGUAACAAUAUAACAAAGGGAGAGUUACUGGGAGCAGGAAAAUAGGAUCUAGGGAAGGUUAGGGUUAAGGUUAACUAAUGAGUACUAACAUAUCAAUACUCCCAACACUUCCUAGACUACAGUUUCCUCCCUAGCACUUUCCCCAGGCAGAGGGUAUACUGAAGAUGAGUCUAGAGAUGAGUGUUGUAGCACCAUGAAUGCUGGCCAGCUUAAACAAAAAAGGCCACCUUUUGACUAAAGUGUAGCCAAUUGCUUGACUACAUUUACAGUUUUAUAUUUAAAAUAUCUGAGAGACCAAAUAGCCAAGUUUAAUCAGUUUAAAGACAAAGCACUGCAACAUGAAAAUGAGCCAUCCAUACCAUUCUUUCUAGGAAGCAAUCAGUCGCACAGGAUGGCAUUCAUCUUAUACAGGAGAUCUGAUUUGAAACUAGGUACCUAAGUCUAGCUAUAUUUGUAGUACAAAUUAAACAUGUUUAUAAGUUAGAGAGCACUUAAUAAGUCAUCCACCAGUCUAUACUUGUUUUUUGAUACAAUCCUGUACCUUCCUUAUCUUUGCUUUGACUACCAUGUUCCAGGUAUCAGUAGGUCAUGACAGCAUUCCCUAGUGGUACCAGGAAAUACCAUUCAUACAUGUUGCUUCUGAUAGGUUUUGUAUUUGGCUGUGCCAAACUGUUGCAAAUGUUGCAAACUAUUAUGGGAUGUUAACAUCAUUCUGGAAAAAAACAUAACACAAAUCACAAGUAAUAGAAUUUAGCAUAACUACCCAGCAUUCAAUACAAUGUUACUACUGUGCACAACACAUAUCAGUGUGGUGUGCCAGAAACAUAACAAUAGAUAUCGGAUAACGCACCACUUCAUGAACAUGAUGCAGUGGAAAUCAGUGGUUGCAAAGAGCUGUGGUGUCACAUGAGGUUGUCCUGCAGUCAGUGCCAGAUUAAGGUAUAAAGUAUAAGGUAGCUAAACUACAGCUUAGGGCCAUGCAAUAUGAGGGGGCCUCUAAAAAAGAAAAAACUGACUCCAUUUCAAAUUUUAUCGAAAUCGGUUGAUAAAUAAAGGAGAUAUGGGGAAAAGAAGAUUCUCUCUAAAUAUAUACAUUUUUGUUCAAAUAUGACAAAAAUAUACACAUCAGGCUACACAAAUACCCUUACCUACUCUUACCCUUCACUAAUUGUUCAUUAUUGACAAGCAGCAGGACAGGGCUGAGAAAAAAAUAACGAUAAUUGCACUUGUAAAAUUAGUAUUUCUACAUGUAAAUCUGCUAUCAGUCUCCUAAGGCAGCAUUUUAUUGGCCAACUGCUUCUGGUAAAAUUCUGACCAUGCCUUCAUAACUUAUUUAAAUAAAUAAAUAAUCUCACUGCCGACAAAAUCGGGAAAAUGUGAGGUCGGAGACUGCAAUGUCAUGAAGCAAUCCUGCCAAGCUCAUACUCGUAUAUUAGUGUGUUCUUUCUUCUUUUGACCUGUACAUAUGUACGAUAGUGUAUUUAGUGCGCACGCCAUUUUCUGCUUCAUGCGCUAUCCAUGCUGCACAUGAUUGAGUUUGCAGGUGAUCGUCUUAUGGACUUGGGUCAAGUGGAUCUUGAGGAGGAUAAAUUUGUGUUGGCUUUCCUUUGUCAGUUUCAGGAACCUUCACAGUAAAUAUCAGAGACUGCUGACGAAAGGAUAAAUAGAGGGUUUUGAGAGCAGUGAAGAAAGAUAUACAUAUAUAUCAAAAUAUUCUGAGUACUUUGGUGAGCAAGUUAUUUUAAACUAUGUGCAGCUAUGAUUUAUCAGCUAUUAAAGCCUAUAAUAUUCAUUAUAUUUGUUUGCCUAUAUAUUCAGGCACUUUCUCAAUGCCUGUCUAGAGAUUACCAGACUUUUUUCUGGUAAAUGCUUUCUUUCUCUUUCGUGCAUGUAGCUUGUUGUCACUCUGUGUGUCCCAAGUGUUUACUUCAGAUUAAUCAGUGGUCCUGGGGGAGACAGAGGAUAGACAAAUGACUGCAAAGAGAGAUGUCUGCCUAGAAGAAGUCUGGGAUUUUCUCCUCACUGGGUUUGGUGCAUGAAAGAUAAUAUUUUAUUAUAGGUCGUAUGCUAUGUAAAAAUUCUAAUAUAGACUUAUAAAUCACAUACUGUAUGCAUAAUACAUUGUAUUUUUAUAGUAUAGCAAAAGAAAAAUCCCAACAAUUAAUUGUUUAUUUUGUAUUUUUUAUAUUGUAUUGUUUAUUUCUACUUUACUUACAUAUGCAAUUAGUUCAAAGAAUUUGUCUAAAAUUUAUUUCUAUCAUGAUGUCAUUAUUACAGAGAGGGCUGCUGAAAAUGAAGAUUAUUGUUCUAUUUUUACAACUUCACCUUUGUAUAUAUGCAAACAUAAAGCUUUUGUGUUUAUAUA